AAGGUAUUUAACAAACGCAUUGCACAUGCUUCACGAGCACGUACUACAAUGGCGUAUUGGAAAAUACGGGAAAGUCUGUUAAUAAUAUUAAGUUCUUUCACGUGCAUUACUUUAAUACACUGCAGAAGUCUGUUACAGUUUUCUGGAACGGAAAAAAAUGGUGACGGUGGUGAAAUUAUAUCAGAACAAUAUACGUCAGACCACGAUGAAUAUAAUGAGGGCUUGGCUGAUUUUGACUACCUUAGUGAGGACCCCAGUGUGUCAGAUCUGCAGAAGAAAUCGAUAAUUAAAGGGCAACUAGUCAGUUCUUCCGAAGCAGCCUGGGAUGCCAUGUCUCCAAAGCUGAGGUGUGGUGAUGAUCUCAUGAAGAUACAACUCAGUGGUCCAGAAGUAGCCAAAGUCGAGCUUUGUCGAGGUAAUGGAGCGCCUGUUCCUCUCACUCAGUUGCCACCUCACUGUGGACACACAACACCCACUUAUGGAGGUCUUGUCUAUGCUACCCCCUAUGAUGGAUGUGGUGUUGCGCAAAAGGGAGGGAGUUAUGUGAUGCAGAUGCAGUGGCAGGGAAACUCUGCAGUCAUUUCUUGUCCUGUGACCUCUACAACUUCAAAUGAAACCUUCCUAGGACCUCAUCCUCCUGAAUAUCUGCAGAUUCUGCUGCCUCACUCUCCUCCUGAUACACCAACUCCAGAAGCAGCUGCAAUGCCGCAACCAUCUGAUACUGCAGCACUGAAACCACCACCUCCUGGGUACCCUCAAGAGUGGCCUUACUACUACCCAUAUUAUCAUUAUCCUGGAAGGGUUUAUCCUACAGCUAAGCCAACAGAGAAACCUGAGAAGCCUCAACCUCCAGGGUACCCCCAGAUGUUUUGGCCAUAUUACUAUUCUAAUUACCAUUAUCAUGGCAAACCAAAGCCCAGUGAGAAACCCUUUCCAGCCUCUGUCCCUACCGCGACAUCAGUUGCCCAAGCACCAAUGGAAAAGCCUCAACUUCCAACGUACCCUGAGAUGUUUUGGCCAUACUACUACUCUCAUUACUAUUAUCAUGGCAAACCAAAGCCCACAGAGAUACCAGUACCUACUGCCAUCCCAACCACCACAUCAGCAGUUGCAGAAGCACCACCCGAGAAGCCGCAACCUCCAUGGUACCCCCAUAUGUUUUGGCCAUAUUACUACCCUCAUUAUCAUGGCAAACCAAAGCCCACAGAGAAACCAGCACCUACUGCCAUUCCAACCACCACAUCAGCAGUUGCCCAAGCACCACCCGAGAAGCCGCAACCUCCAUGGUACCCCAACAUUUUUUGGCCAUAUUACUACCCUCAUUAUCAUGGCAAACCAAAGCCCACAGAGGUACCAGCUGCCCAAGCACCAACUGAGAAGCCUCAACUUCCAAGGUACCCCGAGAUGUUUUGGCCAUACUACUACUCUCAUUACUAUUAUUAUGGCAAACCAAAGCCCACAGAGAAACCAGUACCUACUGCCAUCCCCACCACCACAUCAGCAGUUGCCCAAGCACCAACUGAGAAGCCUCAACUUCCAAGGUACCCCCACAUGUUUUGGCCAUAUUACUACCCUCAUUAUCAUGGCAAACCAAAGCCCACAGAGGUACCAGCUGCCCAAGCACCAACUGAGAAGCCUCAACUUCCAAGGUACCCCGAGAUGUUUUGGCCAUACUACUACUCUCAUUACUAUUAUUAUGGCAAACCAAAGCCCACAGAGAAACCAGUACCUACUGCCGUCCCAACCACCACAUCAGCAGUUGCCCAAGCCCCAACCGAGAAGCCUCAACUUCCAAGGUACCCCCACAUGUUUUGGCCAUAUUACUACCCUCAUUAUCAUGGCAAACCAAAGCCCACAGAGAAACCAGCACCUACUGCCAUCCCAACCACCACAUCAGCAGGUGCCCAAGCACCAAUCGAGAAGCCGCAACCUCCAGCAUACCCUGGGAGUAUAUUCCCUCACUAUAGCUAUUACCCCAGUUAUCCUUUUCAUUUUCCACUUUAUCCACAACACUCAGUGCAGCCUGCUAAAACACCUACUGCACCGCCUGUAACUACCACCCCUCAACCCUGUACUACAACUGCAGCUGCUGAAUGCAAACCCUUUGCCAACCAACCUCCCAAUUUGCCACCGCCUCAAUAUGUGCCUCCCAACUUGCCACCCCAGCAAUAUAUAUUUCCCAGUUCUGUGCUUUAUGAAAACGACCCGUUUGCACUUCAGUUUGUGGACUUUUCAGAGUUGGAACCAAACUCCUUCCCAUGAACUUUAAAUAUAUGAGGACUGAGGACAGAUAUUUAGUAUUAGGUUGGCUUUUGUGAAAGAUUGCUUCCUGGUUUAAUGCCAAUAUGGGUUGUGUAUGGAGUGACCGCAAAGUGAUUCUUGCUCAUCAAUAUGCUGGUCUCUACUUCCCUUUGUCCUAAUUGUCUCAAACCAUUCAAUAAAUCAAAUAU